AUGUCGCCAGAAGAUCGGACGUUGGAAUGGGUCAAGGCGCAGGAGGAAGUCGCCAACGACCCCCAGCAACAAGCCUACAUUGAGGCAGUGCGGGCCUCGAAUGUCCCCAAAGACAGUCCAAUGCAAGCAAAAUGGGACGGGGACAUGCAGAUCACCACAGCCACGAUGAUAGGUCUUGCAGAUGACGACGAAGACGAGAUGAAGAGAAAAAUCUGGACUACGUUCACUAGAGUCCGAUUCACAGAUCGUGCUGCCGUCAUGGCCCAUCUCGAAGAUCGAGCCCGUACGCUUCCACCUGGCCCUAUCGGCGAUCCUAUGGCUAUGGGCAAUGCCAAAAGCUACAGAGAUAGUCUUCAAAAGUUGCUUCGCCUCAUUGGAGCCGGUGUGGACAUCACCAAUAUCACGGCCACCGGAAAGACUGUCAGUGGAGAGGAGUGGUAUAUUCCCCUGUGCUUUGACGAAGAGGUUGAGGAUAAGCUUAAGGUCAGGCCCAGCGGCUCCGUGGAAGACUUCAAAGCUCGACUUUCGCAGGAGAAUGAGUCUGUGGUCGUGUUCUUUGAUUUGGACUUCUGGGAGGAGAAGUGGACUCGCAUCGCGAAGAUGUCGGAGUUGCGACAGAAAAUCGCCGUAUGGGUUCCAGAGUUCACUGAGGAAUUGACGCCGGAGGAGGGAGAAGAACUGUUCUAG